AUGUCUUCAACAUCACUGGUGCGGUCCACCUCGUCGCAGUCGGUCACGCAGACUUCUGCGGGCAAGACGAGCACUUCGCCAGUUCCGACCACCAGUUCGCCAGUUCCGAUUACCCUGCCUUCGCUCAAUAUCACGCCCAAGAAGAGUGCGAGCUCGCCUGCGACAGUUUCAACACCAAUACGCGCCAACCAGAAUGGCUGGAUACACCCGCGCAUGGACGAGAUCAUCCGGCGGCGAAGCGCGACCAACUUCGAUGGCCGCAACAUGAAGAACAUUCUCCUCAGUGCGGGCUUCCUCCUCGUCACUUUCUUCGUUCCCGGUCUACUAUACGACAUCUUACCACACCAGUGGAGUCGCUUAAUCCACCCAUACCCCGUGUAUGUUCUUUGGAUUGCUCGACUUCUCUUGCUUGUGAAUAUCGGCGUUGCGACUGCACCGCUGUGGCGCACACCCGACGCUUGCGAAGACAUACCUCUUACGCCCUCACAACGCGAACUCAUGGGUCUCCCACCGAUGUCCCGUCCUGCAACACCACAAGAGAAGGAGCAGUAUGUCACACCACCUCGGUUUUCUCGGUCGAAUACGCCACGUUCUGCUAGCAGUAGUGUUCGUGCAGAAGUGAGCGGUUCGCCAUUGAGCGGCCGCGGCACACCUCUGGACAACACUGGCUCCUUCCUGCGGACUUCGCCAUUCGACAGCCAGCGGAGGACCAGUGGAUCGUUGUCGCCCUUGGCAGCUGGGAGCGCACUGAAGAGUGGAGGAAGUGAGAGACGGCGGCUAAGCUACACGAGCAACAGAAGCUCGCCAUUGAGCGUCAGCGAGUUUGACAGCUCAGGCAGUCUGCAGACGCCGACGAAGGGGACCAAGUCGAGCAUGGGUUUAAACAACAAGUGGUUGUAUGAGAAGGGGAGAGGCAGCCCAAGGGCAAGCCCAGGCACAAGCAGAAGCAGUCUGCUGUUAUGA